CUCUGUGUGUGUGCGCGUGCAGCCGGUAGCGUCUGUCAACUCCAAAAGCCAGUCGUGUGCACGAGUGGACUUCAACAUACAUUAAUAAUAUCAAAUACAGGCGUGUAGGGAACCAAAACAAAGCGUGUGACUCAUACGAAUAAAUACACACCAGAUGAUGUGAUGUCAGAAGAACAGUCUGAUCUGAAGACUGUAUCUGCACUGGAUAAAGAUUGUGGAAUUUCGAAUGCUGAACCAUGGAUGACCAGGACAGCCAGGAUGAGCUGAUCAACAAGAACAUCUCUCAUGGUAAAGGCAAACGGCCCACCACAUCUGUUCUCUCUGAUGAAGAGGAAGAUGAUGACGACUCGCAUGAGGAAGGUACAGAGAGUGAAGAAGACUCCCAGGAAGGUGAAGAGGACGAGGAUGAGGAAGAAGAGAGUGAUCAAGAGAAUGGUGAAAAGGAGCUGGAGGGAGCCACAGGGACAGAACCAACUGAUUUUGGGCUCAGCUCAGAUGAGGAUGCUGAGAAAUGCGCUAUCUGCCUCAACUCCUUCCAUGAGCAGCCAGUAGCUACACCGCAGAACUGUGAACAUUACUUCUGUCUGGACUGCAUUCUGGAGUGGGCCAAGAAUGCCAACUCUUGUCCCAUUGACCGCAUAGUCUUCAGUAACAUCCUACUGAGAAAAUGCUACGGAGGAAAUGUCCAGAAGACGAUUACAGUUCAGAGGCCAGCGACACAAGAGCAAGAGGAGCAGGUGAAUGUGGAUCUGGAGCAGACCAGCUGUGAGGUGUGUGGAGGGACAGACAGAGAAGAUCGUCUUCUGCUUUGUGAUGGCUGUGAUGCCGGGUACCAUAUGGAGUGUUUAACACCUCCCUUGAAUGCUGUUCCUGUUGAGGAGUGGUUUUGCCCUGAAUGUGCACCAACCAACCGCAACAGAAGGGCUGAGCAGUUGAGUGAGGAGGAAGGCAGUGUUUUUCCUACCACCAGCCACUCUCAAGCAGCAGGCUCCAGACCCACACGUGCAAUCGCACGGACGCAGCACAGCGAGAGGGUCCGAGCCAACAUCAACAGACACCGCAUCACACAGGCACGCACUGCUGCACAGCUGGCACCUCAGUACCUGAUGCGAUCUACCUGGCUGGAUGAGACCAUCAAUGCAGUUGUUGCUGGACUUAAUACAGCCGUGUAUGUGAGGGACUUAACUCCCCGUCCAAGAGCUCGCAGGAGACGCAGAAAAGCACCAAGAAAGAAAGCCAUAAAAGACGGAAAGGACAUUAAGGGUAAAACCUCAACCACAAAGGUGAAAAGGCGGAGGCGAAGGAGGAGAACGAAAUUAAGAAAAAAAGCGGGCCUGAGAAAGAAGAACACAACUCAGGGCCGCAUUGCGCAGAGUCUGGGCUUGAAGAAACCCAGUCGCAGCUCUUCUAUCCCCUCUGUAUAUCGUCCUUGUGAGCAAACACUGGGUAGCAUGAGAGCAGACAUCGGGGCAGCCUCGCUCUCUAUUUACGGAGACCCCUUUGAUUUGGAUUCCUUUGAUGAUGAGGAUGAGGAGACGGAGCAGGCUCCAGUUCAGCCCUUUUCACUGGAAGCUAAACGGCAGGGAUUAUCCCGCUCUGCUCUGCGCUCACAUCAGCCCGUGGCCAGACCCAUACUUGGUGGUUUGUCCAGGCAAGGGCACAGUGUUCAAGUGGAAGGGGUAGCUGAGGCUGCACCAGUCCCAGACUUGCUGGGCAGUAUCCUUAGCGGGCAAAGCUUACUGCUAAUGGACAGCUCAGAUGUGGUUAUCAACAGAGACGGCUCUCUUAAAGCCCCCAAACCUGCAUGUUUGUCAUCUCCAAGAAGAAGCAUCUCAGAAAGCUCUGCUUCAGAACAGACACCUUCCACAGGAGCAACUGAUUUUCACUCCAGCAUUGAGCCUUCCUGCAGCCCUUUAACAAACCCACCACAAAGCUCUGCAUGGCCCUCUCCUGCUUCAGUAAUGCGUUCACCAUCCUGCCCAAGCACUUCCAAUGCACCUACAUCUGGCCAUGCACACCCACACUUAUCUGCACCUCUUCCACACAGGCCAACUCCCUCAAACUCAGCUGGAACUGGAUUUAGUCAGUGGAGCACCAGUAGCAUCAGAGGCCAACCACCUGAAAGGGUUACAAACAGAGACUUUCCUAUUGUGGAGAGGCAAAAUACCUCAAAUGUCCCUGUAAAAAAAACACCCCCCAAGCCAGUAUGGGUGGAUGUGUCUGUUUUGCCAAGAAUACCAAAGAUUAAGAGAGAAAACAGUUCUGAGGCAAAUGGCUGUGCUGGGAGCAAAAGCAACAACUUACCGCAAUCUUCUAUUACUAGUUUAGCAGGUGAAAAUGGCCGGCAGGGGUCAGUUGACCAGCAGGGAGGAAGUCAAAGCAGACACAGUAGGCAGAUCCACAGCCAGCAGCAGAGAGUGGGCAGAGCUGUGCCUUCUUCUUCUUUUUCUAACUCCUUUUCUGCUCCAUCAACCUCUGCUGGUUUAACAUCAAAUUCACAGCCAUCGUCAUCUUCUGCUAUUAGUUUUCGCAUUAGCAGCAGUGGAAACCCAUGGCAUGCUCGAAGGCUUUCCGCACCAGAUCAAGUCCUUCAUGCAAAAGAAAAGGGAUCUGUAAAGAGAAACCAGAAAGACAAACGGACGUUGCUGUCGUCUUGUUCCCAGGCUAAAAAGGCCUCUGUGGAAAGUGAGGUCUAUGAUCCCUUUAAUCCCACAGGAUCGGAUGCCUCUGACUCUGAAGAAGAGAAGGAAAAAAAUGCUGUAAUUCUACAAAGCCCUCCAUCCAUUGUUCAAUCUGAGGUUCAAAAUAAAGAUGCUGAACAUGAAAUUAAAGCAGAGCCCAUGGAGUUGGAUUCACCAGUACACAAUGAAAUGUCUGAAAUGAAAGUGCAAGUUAAAAAGGAGCCAAUGUCUCCUAUGGAUGACUCGUGGGCAUCACCUUCUCAUCAACCACCCACCAUGCUUGCAACUCAGUCUGAGAGUCUUGCUGCUCUUGUGACUUACACUGGAAGCUCUGUGGUCUCUGAUGCUGAGGAAGGUGGAAAUUCUGAAGUGCCAUUAACAAAAUCUCUGGAUCAUUCAAGAUCUAGCUCACUCUCUAGUCAUAACCAGAAGGUCAAGAUCGAGGUAAAGACUGAACCAGAUUUUGAAUCAUCUCCUGUGAAAUCCACAUCUCCAGUUGUGUCUCAGGAAACCAAAGGAAAUGGGUUUACACAUAAAUCGUCAUCCGUAUCUGAAAGAUCUCAUUUAAAUGACAAGUGCAUGGAUAAAGCAAUAAGAUCUUCAAGCGCCCGCUCAGGAGAAAAGAAAAGUUCACAAUGUGCUUCCAACAGUUCUUUAAAAACCUCGGAAUGUUUUGAUAAAGAGAAGAAACACUCACGGUCUGAAGACAGACGGCGCUCACAUUCUAGAUCUCCACAGCAAAGGCGAUCUCGCUCAAGAUCUAGAGAGCGAGACAGGAGGUGCUCGGCUCGCUCCAGCAGCAGCGAAAGCUCGAGGAAGAGAAGAAGAAAGCCUGAGAGCCGUGACCACAAUGACAACAGGGAGAAAGAUGGACAGAAAAGGUCCAGGAAGAAAAGAUACUCUCACUCGCGGUCAAGAUCUCGAUCUAGGUCAAGGUCCAGAGAGAGGAAGAGAGAACAAGCAUUUUCACAUAGAUCUUCCUCAAGAUCAGGGGAUAGAAAUGAAACAAGAUCAAAAAUGAAAAGAUCCAGAUCAACUUCUAGAGACAGAAAACGGAGAGAGAAUGUUUCAGAAGUCCCUCAUCAGAGAGAACGGCCCAUUGACAAAAGUGUAGCAUCCACUUCUUCUGAGGAAAAGCAACUGACUCUUAGUAUCGACAGAAAUGCACAGUUGCUGAAGGAGGAGCUACAUACAGGACAAAAUGUAUAUGACGCUACACUGUCGAUUAAAAAGGAGACUGAUUCUGGUAGUCUAGAGAAUUCACAGUUUAAAGAGGCUGGAAAGCAAACAUCAGAGGAUGUUCUUUCAAUUAGUGUAUUACACAAGUCACAUGAAUCCAAACCUAUUGAAUUUAAAGAAGAAAAAGACUCUCCACUUAGUAAAAAUAAAAAGUUUCAGGUACUAAAAGAGCCCAAACAGGUCAAAGUAGAGCAGAUUUGGCCUGAUGAGGAGUCCUCCUCUUCCUGCAGUGAAGAUGCUCUUGUGAUUAAUUUAUCUUCACCUGGCCCUGCUCCCACAGAGUGUGAAAAGAUGCCCGAUUGUAAAGCAACAAGCCUGCCUGCAGUGCCAAAAGAGGAGAUGAAGGUAGAACCUCUGCAAGCAGCAUAUCCAAUCAAAAAAGAACCUGUGGACUCUUCAGAUGAAGAGAUCAAUGUGGAUUAUUUGAUUGACAAUUUCGACUUCAUUAAGAAGGAGAUGAAAGAUGAGCCUGUAACUAAUGAUCCAGGUGUUGUGGAGACCCAGAGUGAAACAAGUCAAGAGUCAGCAGAGGUCAAACAGGGAGUGGAGUCAGUGUUAGUUAUGGCAGGCACCAAAUCCAAAUCACAGGGUAAACGUGUCACCUGGAAUAUAGAGGAACCAGUGGUGUCCCAGCCAGACAAAAUGAGCAAGCUUGCACUAUUCAAAUUGAAACUGAAGCAGGAAGGGUUUCGCAAGGCUUCCUCCUCCUCCUCCUCCUCCUCCAUGCAGACCACUGGCCAGGUGGCAGCUGCUGUUCAGGGUGGGUCCAAAUCAGCAUCCACAAGCAUCGGUUCUCCAGCACUGGAAGUCAACUCUGGCCAGGAGAAAUCCAAAUCCCACAAAGAAGAGCUCUUGCAGAAUUCUGAUCAGAAAGACAAGUACAUAAAGAAGCUUCAUAUGCAGGAACGGGCCGUAGAGGAGGUGAAACUGGCCAUCAAACCCUUUUAUCAGAAAAGGGAAAUAACAAAGGAAGAGUACAAAGAGAUCUUACGGAAGGCUGUGCAGAAGGUGUGUCACAGUAAGAGCGGUGAAAUUAAUCCAGUGAAGGUAGCCAACCUGGUAAAGGCAUAUGUGGAUAAGUACAAACAUGCCAGGAAACAUCGUAAAGCAGAGGAGAAGCAGACCGAUGAAGCCCCCAAAGAUUCUGAGGCUUGCGUCUGAUAACACCGUGGAGAUGCUGCUGCACAUAACUAAGGUUCUGGUUCUGGGUUGAACACAACCCUUUUAUAGUGUGCAUGUGGACAGUAAGUGUGGUUUUCUCUCUAGCAUAUUUAUACACUACUGUUAAGGCUGGAACAGUUAUUUUUGAUCUUGUCAAAUUAGACAGAAUCAUUUUUGAAAUAUUUGAUAGACAUUAAUACGAAGCAAAAUUUGAAAUUGCACCAGUCGGCAUCUUUUUUUCAUCGUUUUAGUUUGCCAGUAUUGUUGCAUAUUGUACUGCUGUCAUUAAAAAUUAGAACUCGACCUUUUUAGAGUAACGGUUUUCGUUAUAACGGAGAUAUUGAUAGUGUAGAUGUAUAUUUAGCACACUGAGUUUGCUAUAGAUUCAAAUCUAAACAUUUGCAUACCAGUUUCCUCAGUCAAAACUUAACAAAACUAGCUUCAGGAUGACUGUCAGGCAUGGUAUUUCCAGAUCACAGAUGAUAAAGACCCACUUAGUUUCCCAUUGUGGAAUAUCUGCUAUUAAACCUUUGUGAAAUACCAUCAGUGAAGAGACUAUUGUACUGUCCGUUUUAAAUUACUAUCAUCAACCUGGUGAAUUUUUUUCUUUUUUAUCAUUUUAUCAGAUUCCUUUAAAGCUCCAGAGUACUUUAUAUACAUGUGCAAGGUUUUGACACAUGACAUUUCAGCUAAACUGAAACAAAUGUUUUGUUUAUAUACCAAGCCACAUAGAAAAAUGUUAAAAAUGGUGUAUUUAGAUGAAGAUUAUAACUUGGAUAUAAAUCAUCAGUUGGUUUUCCCCCCUCAUGGUUUCUAUUGAACAUUUUCCUACAAGUUGAUUUACCAAUUAAAUACCUGUUUUUGUACAGAGAUUUUAACUGCAGGAUACAAUACACAGAGUGGUGCUUAAGUGCAUCAUGGAAAUAAAGAUUCUUGAACAUAAUGGUUAUAACCCAAUUGACAUGUGUCUUUGGGACGGGGAGGAUUGUCUUAACCAGGUGCUUAUGUUCUUUUCUUUGUGACUUUUAAUUUCAGAAUCAGUAUUUCUGCAUUCUACGGAAUCAGUGUAAUAAACUGGCAGAAGCUGGAAAUGUGUUCAUAGUUACUAAAAGCAGGUUGUUGAUAAUCCCCUUUGUGUGAAAUGUGCCGCCUUAUUACUGAAUUAUACUUGAUUCUCAUUGUGAAUUUAAGAAUCUGUUCUGCUGAUUUGUAAAUAACUUUCUGUACCAAUUUAUUUAAUAAAAGUAAAAACAGAA